GGAGAAUUUUGGACCUCAUAAAACUGUCUGGUCAAGGUUCUCUUUCUCCUUCAAAAUCCUGCCUCGUUUCUCACUUUUUCCCUUUCGUUUCUCCCUUUCUCCAGAUUCCCUUGGAUCCCACUUGAUUGCUAUUAGUGGGUAUUUGUUUUUCUUGGUUUGGAUCUUGAAAAACCAAGUAAAGGUACAAUCUUGAUCUGGGUAUUUUGUGUUCUUGAAGUUCCUCUGAUUUUGUUGAGCUCUGUUUGGACGAGAAAUGGUGGGGGCUUUGUCUGUAGUGGGUACAUCAGUCAUGGACUCGCAUACCGGUCCAUGGUUGUGUUUGGAUUCGCUGCCGACAACCACCUUGAGCCUCAAGUGCGGCGGGGAGAUGGUUUCGCAGAGAAAUUCAAUGAAGAGAAAGCAUAUGCCCAGUCUUGGAGGGAUGGUUUCCUGGCAUGAUAAGAGGUUGUCCUCAAAAAUUACCAAUAUUUCCAGUAGGAAUUCAAGGAAGCAGAAAAAAGAUCGAAAAUUUGUUGUUGUAAAUGAGUUAGGAGGACAAUAUGAAGACAGCUUUUCGGAUGUUAAAACGCAAAUACUGAACUAUUUCACAUAUAAAGCAGUGAGGACUGUUCUUACUCAGCUCUAUGAAAUGAAUCCUCCACAAUAUAGGUGGUUCUAUGAAUUUGUUGUGGUGAACAAGCCCGGGGGAGAUGGGAAGCAUUUCAUCCGCAUCCUUGCAAAGGAGAAGCAAGAUCUGGCAGAGAGAGUAAUGGUGACUCGUCUUCAUCUUUAUGGAAAAUGGGUUAAGAAAUGCAACCAUGCCGAAAUAUAUCAAGAGAUCUCAGAUGAGAACCUGGAAUUGAUGCGCGAACGGCUCAUGGAGACUGUUAUAUGGCCUUCUGAUGACACAAACACAGAGAAGAUCGGCUAGGGCAGAUUCAACACCAUUCUGAAUUCUUUCCUGCUCUUUUUUAAUCCUCCCCUUGGUUUCUUCUUUUAUUAGUCUAGGUACUAGGUGUAACCUUCAAAUUUGGUCCCAAAAAAUGUAGCUAAUAUAAAUUUUUUUCUCACGCAAUAACAAUUGCCUGAUACCGUAUACCUUAAAUUGUAAUUCUCUGUCGUUUCAUAUAUAGUUCAAAAAGAAGGAAAUGAAGCCUAGGAUUUGCC